AACGGCGCCGAUGGCGGAGCAGCGCGUGUCGCGGUGGUACUUCGGCGGGAUCGCGUCGUGCGGCGCCGCGUGCUGCACCCACCCGCUCGACCUGCUCAAGGUCCACCUGCAGACACAGCAGGAGGUGAAGAUGCGGAUGAUGGGGAUGGCGCUGCGCGUGGUUCGCACCGACGGCGUCCUGGCGCUGUACAACGGGCUGAGCGCAUCGCUGUGCCGCCAGAUGACGUACUCUCUGACCCGCUUCGCCAUCUAUGAGACUGCGAGAGACCACUUGGGCCGUGGCAGCCAGGGGCCUCCCCCCUUCUAUCAGAAAGUGCUGCUGGGAGCGGUGGGAGGCUUCACUGGCGGCUUUGUGGGGACCCCAGCGGACAUGGUGAACGUCAGGAUGCAGAAUGAUGUCAAGCAGCCGGCCCACCUGCGGCGGAACUAUUCCCAUGCCCUGGAUGGCAUGUACCGCGUCCUGCGGGAAGAGGGCUUGAAGAAGCUGUUCUCGGGAGCAACGAUGGCAUCCAGCCGAGGGGCCCUGGUCACUGUGGGGCAGCUUUCCUGUUAUGACCAAGCCAAGCAGCUUGUCCUCACCACCGGGCUGCUGUCGGACAACAUCUUCACACACUUCCUGGCCAGUUUCAUCGCUGGUGGAUGUGCCACAUUCCUGUGCCAGCCCCUGGAUGUGCUGAAGACGCGCCUCAUGAACUCCCAGGGCGAGUAUCGGGGUGUUGUGCACUGUGCCAUGGAGACUGCCAAGCUCGGCCCGCUCGCCUUCUACAAGGGCUUCGUUCCCGCUGCCAUUCGCCUCAUUCCUCACACCGUCCUUACCUUUGUCUUCCUGGAACAGCUGCGAAAAUACUUUGGGAUCAAAGUGGUCACCUGAGCAGGAGGGCCGGACCCUGCUCCCUGGGACCGCAGAACCCCCCACCGCCCUGGGCUGGGGCUGUCCCCUCCCCACAUCCCUGCACCCGGGGCCGGCCGGUCCCAGCCCCCAUCUCACACCCUCCUCCAUUCUCAGCACCUCCGUUACCUCUGGGACGUCCCUGGGUCUCGUCCCCUCUGCACUGCACCUUCGUCUGCCGUGGUUUUUCCCUCUCCCCCACCGGAGUGGCCGCAGCCCUGUCCCGGUGCACAGCCUCGUGCCUUUGCCUGGGCUCAGCUCGCAGCGGGAGGGGCUGGCGGGGUUUCUUUUGUUGUGCCCGGGCUGCAGCCGGGAGCUGUGCAGAGCAGCGCUGCGUGCAGGCGGCUCCCGGCUCCCACCUCUCCUGCGGCAGCAGGGAUGGACGUGGAGCAAGGGUGGAGGCGGGUUUGGCGCACGUAAGCAUUCCCCGCUGAGUGCCUCUGUCCUCCUCUACUCCUCCGCUGUCCCCGUGCAGCCAAAACGGGUCCGUCCCCGUUCCCCCCCCGUCUCCCGCUCAGCCAAAACGCCCCAGCGCCCGCCGGCCGCUGGGCUCUUCAGGGAUUGUGCCUUAUACCAAUGAUAAAAAAGGGACCCUGGGGGGGGGGCGUGGGGCGGCCGCGCUGCCUUGCUGUGCUCCUGCCGCUGCCUGCAUCACCGUCCCCGAGCCCUGCAGUGUCCGUCCUGCCCCGCUUCUCCACGUACUGAGGUGCUCAACUCUCCCCCCCCGCCCGCCCUGCAGCCCCCCCCCUGCCCCUACUCUGCCUGCGCGGGGGCUGCGGGCAUCGCCGUCUGCACGCGCAGCGCUGUGCAGAGUGGCCCCGAGGGAUCAAAGAACUGGAAUAGCUGUGACCGUAAUGUAUAAUAAAUAAACAGCGGAACAA